CGCUCACAGCGAGAAGCCCGGUGAUCCGGAGAAGGGGAGGGAGUCUGCGCUGAGCCCGGGCUGUGUGUGUGCCUAUCGCUGCUGCCUGUGUGCCUAUCGCUGCUGCCUGUGUGCCUAUCACUGCUGUCUCUGUGCCUAUCGCUGCUGUCUCUGUGCCUAUCGCUGCUGUCUGAGUGCCUAUCUCUGCUGCCUCAAUGACCCCGGCUGGAAGGUGAAGAACUCCGCUGACCUCCCGGGACUGUCUGUCUCUCUGCCGCUCACCUGGUCCCAAUAUGACGAGCCGGGUCCCUGCUGUCAGGACACGUACUGCGCUACUACCACUGCUGGAGCUAUUGCUGCUGAUCGCCACCGCGGAGAGCCAGCGGGGGGCCCCGGACGACUCUCACUUGACUUAUGGGCCCCUGGAAGAGGAGAUCCUGGUGGCCAACCAUGGGAUCCGGGUGCCCUUCGGGAGAUCUGUAUACCUGGACCCGGUUGUAGAUCUAGUGAUCCAAGUCCAGCCUGGAGACAAAUGUCACAUCAGCGUGCUGAGCAAUGACCCCCUAUCCCAGGGACCGGGCCACCUCUCCCCCAACAGGUUCCCCUGUGAGUUCGGGGCCAGAGAAGUGAAAUAUUCCCACCUGGGGGCCCGGAGCCCCUCCAAGGACAGGGUGAAGCUGCAGCUCCGCUAUGACACCCAGACCAGGACAGUCAUCAUCCCAUUCAUGAUCGAGGUGGAGGUUCUCUUCACCCAGCUGGAGGUGGUCACCAGGAACAUGCCACUUACCGUAGAGAAGCUCCUGGGGACCAGCAACCCCAUAGACAAGAAGGUCCUUGAGUUCUCCUAUGAUAGGACGUUUGAGGUGUGCAGGAUCACACCUCUGGUGGGUCUAGGAGGACUUCCCAGGUAUGGAAGGUUGCUGCAAAGUCCUGGCCACAUGAUGGACUGUGGGGAAUUCCUCCAACAAGGUGUCCGCUACCUGCACACAGCUUCCACCCAGUCCCCCAACAAGGACUUCAUACCCAUGCUGGUGGAGCUGCAUGACAAAGUGGGCAACCUUCUGAAACAGGAGCAUUUCCAGGUCCUGGUCCGUGUCAAGGAAGGCUUGGAGAACACCCAACCCAAGCCUAGCUUCAUUGCCAUGAUGAUGAUGGAGGUGGACCAGUUUGUCAUGACAGCCAUCACCCCAGAUAUGCUGGCCGCUGAGGACUUAGAAUCUGACCCUGGGGACCUCAUCUUUAAUGUCACCUCCAAUUUUGUCCCAGGGCAGGGGCAGAUUGUCAGCACCGAUGACCGCAACUUACCCAUCACGUCUUUUUACCAGAGGGACCUACAGGAGCUCAGGAUUGCCUACAAGCCCCCACCCGAGGACUCUGAUACUGAGCGAAUCUUUGAAGUGGAGCUGGAGGUGGUGGAUUCGGAGGGGGCAGUAUCAGAGCCCUUCUCCUUCAUGAUUGUUGUAAAACCCAUGAACACAAUGGCUCCUGUAGUUACCAGAAACACAGGUCAGCUCUUGUUUGAAGGACAGUCUAGACCUUUAUUCAGUGGCCAGAACCUGCAGAUCAGUGAUGAGGACAACCUGGAUGACGUUAGAGUCAGUGUGUUGGAUGGUCUGAGGCAUGGACAGCUUUAUCUGUUAGGAUCCCCUCCUGAGAGCUCCAAGUUUUUUACAGCCUCUGAUCUGGACCAGGGUAGGGUUAUCUAUCAACAUGAUGGCAGUGACACCUACAGUGACAACAUCAUUUUCCGGAUGACUGAUGCAAAGCAUGAAGUGGAAUUCCUUUUUCCAAUCACGGUGGUGCCAACCGAUGAUGAGCCUCCCAUAGUAAAUGCCAACACUGGUUUGAUGCUUUCAGAAAAAGAAGUGGCCCCCGUGACACCUCUGGUGUUGAGUGCUACAGACAUUGACUCAGAGGACUCCACCAUACGUUUUAUCUUAGAGUUGCCAUACUCGACCCUGGGGCAAAUGGUGUUGCGCCAAUCUGAGAUACCACAAGAUCCUUCUGAAUGGCAGUUCAUCCCCAAUCUAAAGAUGUAUGAGAAGGUGGUAAGUGAAUGGACUCAGCAAGAUAUAUUGGAUGGGAAAUUAUAUUACAAACAUAUUGGGCCCCAUAGCACUGUCCCAGUCAUGGACCAGCAUGUCUUUAGAGUCCAAGAUGACAACGAUCCUCCAAACCAAUCUGGGGAGCACACCUUUGUGGUGAAAAUUAACCCUAUAGACGACUUACCUCCAGAACUAUACCCAGGUACCACCCUUAAGAUGGUAGUGCAGGAAUACCAUUUAACUUACUUUAGAAAGAAAUUUCUCCGUUAUACUGACUUAGAUUCUGAUGACAGGGACCUGAAAUACACAGUGACCAUCCCUCCAUCAGACACAGAUGAGAACAACCCUGCUAUCAUGGGCUUCAUAGUCCUUUCUGAAAACCCAGAUCUAGUGGUCACAGAGUUCACCCAAGCUCAGAUAAACCAUCAUAAGAUUUCCUACAAACCGCCAGACCUAGAACUCGGGAUCACCCCUCGCGUUUUACAAUUUCAUUACACGGUAGAGGACAUGUCUGGCAAUUUAGCUGAAGGGGAUUUCACCAUAUUUCUGCAGCCAGUGGACAACAAGCCCCCAAAUAUAAUAAAUACAGGCUUUACAGUGUUUGAAAGAGGAAGCCAUGAUAUCACCGAAGCAGAGCUCGAUGCCACUGAUGCUGACACGGGUAGAGAUAAAAUAACUUUUACCCUCACUCAGUCCCCAAGACAUGGGCAAGUGCUGUACUCUAACCAAGUGAUGGAUGUGGGGGAAUCAUUUGUGUUGGAUGACAUCCGAAAUGGGAAAAUAAGCUACAUGCACAGUGGUGAAGAAUCUGCCAGUGAUUCCUUCACUUUGGAUGUAAGUGAUGGGGUGCAUGUCCUCACUAUUAUCAUUAAAAUCACUGUUCGGCUGGUGGAUGAUGAAGUACCCAGGAUCAUGCUACCAACUGGAACCAUUGGCUCCUACCUUGAUGUUUUGGAAGGAGGUUCAGCUGAAAUCACAUCUAACGUUAUCCAAGGCACAGAUGCAGACACGGAUGACCUCAUGCUAACAUUCAUCGUUGAAGACCCACCUCGUCUUGGAGAAAUUCUAGUCAAUGGGCUACCCUCUGAAAGGUUUUCCCAGAGAGACAUAAUUGAUGGGGCAGUUAUUUAUUCCCACAGUGCAGGAGAAAUCGGGCUACAAAAAAUGGAAGACUCUUUCAAUUUAACAUUAUCUGACCUUUCGGAGGAAUGGACUGUCGGAGGUAAUCGAGUUACCGGAGUACGGGUUCAAGUUACCAUUCUGCCCAUUGAUAACCAGGCCCCCCUAGUUACAGUAGGUGAACAGUUCACAGUUAUUGAAGGUGAAAAAAAUGUUAUAACCUCAUCAAAUUUAAGAGCACAAGAUACAGACACCCCCAACGAUGACAUUCUGUGCACUAUCGUUGUCCAACCCACAUCUGGCUACCUAGAAAAUAUCUCCCCUGCACCAGGAUCUGAAAAAUCGAGAGCUGGGACUGCUAUUAGUGCAUUUACAUUGAAAGAUAUAAGAAUAGGUCAUAUCUAUUAUGUGCAAAGCAUCCACAAGGGCGUGGAACCAGUGGAAGAUAGGUUGACGUUCCACUGCUCUGAUGGCAUCAACUUUUCCCAGAAGCACUUCUUUCCUAUUGUUAUCAUUCCAGCCAAUGAUGAAAAGCCUGAGAUUUUCAUGAGGGAAUUCGUAGUUAUGGAAGGAAUGAGUCUUGUUAUCGAUAUUCCUAUAUUAAAUGGGGCAGAUGCUGAUAUCCCAACAGAUGAACUUGUCUUUUUUAUCACCAAGCCACCGAAACAUGGCAAUAUCGUUAACCAGUUCACCAAUGGUACUGUGAUAGUCAACAGCUUCAACCUAGAGGACAUCAAAGAGAGCUCCACCAUCCUUUAUGAACAUGAUGACUCCGAGACCAAAGAGGACAGUUUUGACAUAAAACUUACUGAUGGAAAACAUUCAGUGGUCAAAACUGUUCUGAUUAUGAUUAUACCCGUGGAUGAUGAGACCCCUAGAAUGACCAUCAAUGAUGGGUUGGAGAUAGAGAUAGAAGAAACAAAACUAAUCACUAAUAAAGUCCUUAAGGCCACGGAUUUGGACUCUGAUGACAAAACUUUAACCUUCAUUUUACGCUAUGGACCUGGACAAGGUUUGCUUCAAAGAAGAAAGCCAAACGGUGGACUAGAAAAUAUAACCAUAGGUAUGAACUUUACUCAGGACGAGGUGGACAGGGAAUUAAUACAAUACCAGCACUUUGGCCAAGAGGGCAUCCGAGAUCUGUUCAAGUUUGAUGUCACUGAUGGAAUUAAUCCCCUUAUCGAUAGAUACUUUUAUGUCACAGUGGGAGGAAUUGAUAUGGUCUUUCCAGAUGUAGUUAAUAAAGGAGUGUCUUUGAAAGAAGGAGGCAAAGUAACACUUACCACUAACUUACUUAGCACUAGUGACCUCAAUAGCCCAGAUGAACACUUGGUUUUUACAAUCACCAGGGCCCCGGUGCGUGGGCACUUGGAAUGCACUGACUUUCCUGGGGUGCCCAUCACAUCCUUCACUCAGCUCCAGUUGGCGGGUAAUAAAGUCUACUACACACACACGUCCGAUGAUGAAGUGAAAAUGGACAGCUUUGAAUUUGAGGUCACCGACGGAUAUAAUCCAGUUUUUCGCACAUUCAGAAUAUCCAUCAGUGACGUGGAUAACAAGAAGCCAGUCCUGACCAUCCAUGAAGUAACAGUGAGAGAGAGUGAAAAUAAACUCAUCACCCCCUUUGAACUUACAGUAGAGGACAGGGACACUCCAGACAAAAGGCUGAGAUUUGUAAUAACCCAAGUACCAGUCCAUGGGAAAAUCCUGUAUAACAACAGUAGAACUGUGACCUCUUUUACAAAGCAAGACCUUAAUGAUAACCUGAUCAGUUAUAAGCAUGAUGGCACAGAGACUACAGAGGACAGCUUCUCCUUCACUGUCACCGAUGGCACCCAUACUGACUUUUAUGUGUUCCCGGAUACUGUCUAUGAGACAAGGCAGCCCCAGAUGAUGAAAAUACGUAUAAUAGCAGUGGAUAAUGGCGUGCCACAGAUUAUCGUAAACAAGGGUGCCCCAACUCUCCGAAUCCUGAGUACUGGCCAUUUGGGAUUUUUAAUUACCAACAAGGUCCUUAAAGCCGAGGACAGGGACAGUGUCCACCUUUCGCUCCGUAUCCGAGUCACGCAAGGUCCCAGCCAUGGAUUCCUCAUCAAUACGGACAAGGGAAACCAUAGCAUAAACCAGUUUUCUCAAGCGGACAUCGAUGAUAUGAAAAUCUGCUACGUUUUACGGGACAAAGAAAACGCGACUAGUGAUAUCUUCUAUUUCACUGUGGAAGACAGCGGAGGAAACAAGUUGAAGAAUCAGCACUUUCGUCUGAACUGGGCCUGGAUUUCAAUAGAAAAGGAGUACUAUGUGGUGAAUGAAGAUGCCAAACAUUUAGAGAUCAUCUUGAGGCGUAGAGGAUACCUGGGCGAAACCUCCUUUGUCGGUAUUGGCACUGUGGAUGGCACAGCAGAAAAGGACAAAGACUUUAGAGGGAAAGCUCAGAAACAAGUCCAGUUUAAUCCAGGUCAGACCACAGCAACAUGGAGAGUGCGCAUCCUAACUGAUGGAGAGUAUGAACAGUCUGAAACCUUCCAGAUAGCACUGUCAGAGCCUGUCAUGGGGGCCUUGGAGUUUCCAGAAGUGACAACUGUGGAGAUCAUUGACCCUGGAGAUGAAUCAACCGUUUUUAUACCUCAGUCAAUCUAUAAAAUUGAAGAAGAUGUUGGUGAGCUCUUUAUACCAGUCAAGAGAAGUGGGGAUGUUAGUCAAGAACUGAUGGUGAUAUGUUUUACACAUCAAGGUACGGCUACUGGAACUGUCCCAACAUCCGUUUUAUCCUACUCUGAUUACAUAUCCAGGCCUGAGGAGCACACCAGCGUUCUGAGGUUUGAUAAGGGGGAAGAGGAGAAAACGUGCCGUGUGGUGAUCAUAGACGAUUCAUUGUACGAGGAAGCUGAGACUUUCAAUGUUACACUAAGCAUGCCUAUGGGAGGAAGGCUGGGCACUGAAUUCCCUUCUGCUCAGAUCAUGAUUCUACCCGACAAGGAUGAUGAACCUGCUUUCUACUUUGGUGAUGUGGAAUUGUAUGUGGAUGAGAGUGCGGGAUACAUUGAAGUGCGUGUUUGGCGGACAGGUACUGAUCUGUCAAAAACCGCCACAGUCACUGUGCGCUCACAGAAGACAGAACCAGUGUCAGCAGUUGCUGGCAUUGACUAUGUAGGUAUCAGUCGGAAUCUAGAUUUUGCACCAGGUGUCAACAUGCAGACAUUCCGUGUGGUUAUUCUGGAUGACUUGGGACAGCCAGUACUGGAGGGAAUCGAGAAGUUUGAGCUUGUUCUGCGUAUGCCAAUGAAUGCUGUUCUUGGGGAACCCAGCAAAGCUACAGUGUUCAUCAAUGAUACAGUCUCUGACUUACCAAAAGUGCAGUUCAGAGAACCAAUGUACAUGGGCAAGGAAAAGGAUGGGAAGAUCACAGCCAUGGUCUACAGAAGUGGGGAUGUCAGUUAUAAGUCUACAGUACGUUGUUAUACCCGACAAGGAUCUGCUCAAGUGAUGAUGGACUUUGAAGAGCGACCAAACACAGAUAGCUCAAUCAUCACCUUCCUUCCAGGAGAAACAGAACGGCCUUGCACUGUUGUGCUUGUGGACGAUUCAAUUCACGAAGAGGAGGAAGAGCUGCGACUGGUCCUUGGCACUCCAAAAAGCGAUUCCCCCUUUGGAGCGUCCAUUGGAGAACUCAACGAGACUUUGAUAAAGAUUAAAGAUGACGCAGACAAGGCAAUCAUAAAGUUUGGAGACACCAAGUUUAGUGUGAGUGAGCCAAAGGAACCCGGACAAAUCGUAGUUGUAAAAAUUCCAGUUGUUCGUCUAGGAGACACUUCAAAGGUCUCCAUUGUGCGUGUUCACACAAAGGAUGGCUCUGCUACCUCUGGAGAAGAUUACAACCCCGUGUCAGAAGAAAUUGAGUUUAAGGAAGGUGAAACCCAGCACAUUGUGGAGAUUGAAGUGCUGUAUGAUGGAGUUAGAGAGAUGAGGGAAGCCUUUACUAUACAUUUGAAACCAGAUGAAAACAUGGUUGCGGAAAUUCAGAUGGCUAAAGCCAUUGUUUACAUCGAGGAAAUGAACAGCAUGGCAGACGUGACGUUCCCCUCAGUUCCCCAGGUUGUUUCUCUUUUUAUAUAUGAUGACACCUCUAGAGCCAAAGACAACCCCAACCCUGUAUCUGGGUAUCCUGUUGCCUGCAUUACAGCUUGCAAUCCUAAAUAUUCAGACUAUGAUAAAACUGGCUCUAUAUGCACCAGUGAAAAUAUCAAUGACACGCUGACCCGUUACCGCUGGUUGGUCAGUGCCCCCAAGGGUCUGGAUGGAGUGACCAGUCCUAUGAGAGAGGUGGACUUUGACACAUUCUUCACAUCCUCAAAAAUGAUCACUCUGGAUUCUAUAUAUUUCCAUGCCGGUUCUCGGGUGCAGUGUGCGGCGCGUGCAGUUAACUCAGAAGGACAUGAAGGUCUGGAACUUCUGAGUACCAUUGUGACAAUAAGCACGGAUGAUGGUCUUUGCCAGCCUAGAGUGGCCGGAGCAGUGGGAGCAGAACCAUUCUCUGCUAAAAUGCGAUAUACGGGACCGGAAGACCCUGACCAUCCAAAUCUCAUUAAAGUCACCGUUACUCUGCCUCACAUUGAUGGCAUGUUGCCGGUUGUUUCAACAAGAGAAAUGUCUAACUUUGAGCUAACGCUCAGCCCCGAUGGUACUCGGGUUGGAAACCACAAAUGUUCCAAUCUUCUAGACUUCAAUGAAGUUAGAACAAAUUAUGGGUUUUUAACAGAUGCCACCAAGAACCCCAAUGUCAUAGGCGAGACGUCUCCUUACCAGUACAGCACACAGCUCCGUGGCUCCAAUACACUGCGUUUCUACCGCAAUCUGAACCUGGAGGCCUGCCUGUGGGAGUUUUCCAGCUAUUAUGAUAUGUCUGAACUACUGACGGAAUGUGGAGGAACAAUCGGAACUGAUGGACAGGUCUUGAAUCUUGUACAGUCCUAUGUAACCCUGCGGGUGCCCCUGUACGUGUCCUAUGUGUUUCACUCUCCGGUGGGAGUCGGUGGCUGGCAGCAUUUCGAUCUGCACUCUGAGCUGCGGCUCACAUUUGUGUACGACACCGCCAUCUUGUGGAAGGAUGGUAUCGGUAGCCCGCCAGAAGCUGAAUUACAAGGUUCUCUGUACCCAACCAGCAUGCGUAUUAAUGAAGAGGGACGCUUGGUGGUCAAUUUUAAGACCGAGGCUCGUUUUAAUGGUCUUUUCUUGAUGUCACAUCCCGGAUCCUCACUGAGCUCUAUGGUCAUGUCAGCUGAUCACCCUGAGCUGAUCUUUACACUAGGUCUUGUACGCAGUGAACCAACCUUUAACCAGCCAGUUCAGCAGUGGAGCUUUGUUUCUGAAUUUGCGGUCCGGGAUUACUCUGGAACGUAUACUGUGAAACUCAUCCCCUGUACCACAGCUCCAUAUCAAGUCUAUAGCCUACCAGCCGUGUGUAAUCCUCGGGAGCCAAUAACAUUCGACGUUGACAUCAGAUUCCAACAGGUCAGCGAUCCAGUGGCUGCAGAGUUUAAUUUGAACACCCAGCUGAUACUUCUAUCUAAAAAGUCUCUCUGGUUGUCGGAUGGAUCGAUGGGAUUUGGCCAAGAAAGUGACAUAGCUUUUACUGAAGGUGACAUCAUUUAUGGUCGGGUGAUGGUGGACCCUGUACAGAACUUGGGUAAUUCAUUUUAUUGUAAUAUUGAGAAGGUCUUCCUGUGCACUGGAGCAGAUGGUUAUGUCCCAAAAUAUAACCCGUCCAACGGUGAAUAUGGCUGCCUUGCUGAUUCGACAUCUCUUCUGUACCAAAUAAAAAUUUUGGACAAAGCACAGCCAGAAACUCAGACUACCAGGUUUGGCAGUGUGGUGUUUAACGCCAGGCUUGCUGCAGAUGAUCCAGAGGCGUUGCCUCUAGUCAGACAGCCGGGUUCGGAUGGAUUUAAAAUUGACUCCACUCCUUUGUUCCAGGUGUCUACAGGACGAGAGUGGUAUAUACACACAAUAUAUACUGUAAGGUCCAAAGAAAAUGCAAACAGAGGCAUUGGAAAAAGAAGCGUUGAUUAUCAGUACCAUUCAGUAUUGAAUUCUGGUCCUUCAGGGGGUUCAGCAGCUCGUAAGAAAAGAGAUGUCAGUGAAGCCCCAACGAUUGCUCAGGAUAUUGGCAUGGAUAACAACAGAGGAACCAAUAUCCAACACAUAAUACUGGAUAGCAGCAACAAGAAGACUGCUCCAGAGAAGGAAAUUACUGUUGAUGGGAUUAUUCCUAGAGAGCUGAAUAAAAAUGAAAGCGAGGUCAACGUGGUUAUCAUUGUAGUCAUCCUGGCAGCAAUAUUACUACUUGUGGUCUGUUUGAUAGCCAUUGUUGUUUUCCUGCUUAGACGCAAGCAGAAAUCUAAAAAGAAGGAAGAAGGCCAAGAAACAGGAAGUAGUGAGCCCAUGAUGCCGCAUCGUGGUUACAGUACCGACAGCUCAGAGGUUUGACAUUGUGUAGCCUUGAUCAAGCCAUAGUAGAGUGCCUCAAAAUAACUAUAUUUCCAGUAAAUAUCUUUUUCCAGAACACAUAUACGUACCCUGUGCCACAUGGUCAGUCUGCUCUUAAAUACCUCAUCUCUAUUUAAUGUGUUGGAUGGACCAUGAGGAGCGCAGAUGAGACAGGCGCAUGAAACCAUUGACUUUGUACAGAUGGACGUUUAAUAAACCCGACAACCUGAACUCAUGCACUGAACAUGAAGAGGCGCUGAACUAUAACUAUAAAUGAGGAUCAUCCUCUUGUAUUUCUUUUAUAUUAUUUAAAAAAAUGAAAAAUAUGCAAAGGUGCUGAUAGCUUAUCUGUCUUCUUAGAGAGAGAGCUUGUUCUUAGUUAACCUCGGAGGUUCAAUGAUGAUACUACACAUUUCAAAUAAGUAUUGUGUUUGCCAAGAGAGUUUUGAUGAGUAUGAAGAUACUUAAAUUAAUUAUUUUGUCCAUUGCAAUAUUUAAACUGAUGACAUGGUCCAGUUACCGCACAUGCAUUUGCAAUCAUGUUGUUCCAUUGCAUGCCAAAGAUUCCUAAUAGCUACAAAGUGCUAGUACAUGGCUUAUUCAUAGUGUAAUUUUAGCUUUUCAUAUGUGGUCAUUAUUACACAGUGGACUUGUUUUAAAGUACACCUAUAGUUGAGGAAUAAAGGAGAUAAGUGGAGAAGAUGUACAUUGUACUUGGUUCUUUCAGGGUUUUUUAUAAUGACAUUUAUUGACUACAUUAAAAUUCUCAGGUACAUGUCAUACAAAAGUUCUUUCAGAAAAUUAGUGUGUGUUACGACGGUGUAAAUCUAAGUCCGUUCUCUUGAAUGUCUCUGUGGCAAGGUCUAGGUUUGACCAGCAUAACUUUAGAACGUCACGUUUAGGUCAGGAUAAUUCAUUAACUUCACUGUAUUUUCAUUACCGUGCAUUCUUUUCUUUUUUUCAAACAAAAUAUAUUUGUUUUAGGAAAGACAGACCACCUGAAUUCUUUUGCAUGGAUCUUAUAAUACAGGCAGUCCCUGAGUUACGAACACAAUAAGGACUGUAGGUUUGUUCAUAAGUCGAAGUUGUUCGUAAGUCGCAACACUGCUUUUGUAAGUGUAACUUCGGGUCGGAACACUGCAUUCAUAAGUGUACCUUCCACCUGUGCAUGGAUGUGGGAUGUUCCGGGUGCUUGUUAUGUUAUCUGGGGCUCUUCUGGCCAUGAAGUACAUGUAGUACUGCAGUGUAAGAUGUGUCCGGAGGUUCUCUGAGGUAUCCAGGACCAGCGUAGAGCACAAGUGGCCGGCAUUUGAGUCAUUCGUAACUCGAAGUUUAUGUGUAAAAGUAAUUUUCACAAACCUGAUCACACAGGUUAUUACUGUAAAGCCACCUUUCGGUUGGAUUUAUUUGAACUUCAGUAAGUGGGAUUGAGGAGAACAGAAUUGUUUUUUGGGGGGAUAUAAAAUAAUGAUCCAUGAAAACUAAACGCUUGCAGUAGUUAAAUAUCUAACAAGAAAAAAAUGAAUAAAAAAUGGUAUCUUCAUGCUGUAUUAAUGUAAGUAGAAGAAUAUUGUGCAUUAAAAAAAAAAAGAAUUACUCAAAAGUGCCAAAUCCUUCCACAGCCUAACCUCCACAGAUCUGCCAUAAUAAAUGCACAUGCAAAAGACUGAGUUUAACAUCUUUGCAGGAAGAGCUAAAUGUGUGGAUGAAGUGGUUUAAAGUGAUAUUAUUUAGAAUGAUAACAAACAAUUCUAAACGUGUCCCAAGAUCAUGUGGUAAAGGAAAAAUAUUCUAAAAAAAAAAUGGUUUUAAAUAUACUUUAUCAUCAUCCUUCCAAAAUACUCAAAAACUUUAGAAUAAAAGGCAAGUGUCUGUCUUCUCAUUUUUGAUGCUUUAUAGUAUACAGAUUGUUUGCUUCCAAAUUGCAGGUGCACUUUAAUAGGGCAAAGAACUGUGGUCCAGUAACGCUUAGCAACCAAUCCGGAAUCCGUUCCUGUUGGUCCAAUUAUACAAAAUUGCCAAAAGCAGAUAUUCAUUUGCUUUAGGUUACUGUACACCAUUGCCCUUUGUGCUAUGUUACUAAAUAAAGGCCAUGAUGGGCAAAGAAGCUUAUGGUGGUACAGGAAGAUAAAAGGCAUGCAUGGGUUAUUUACAGGGUAUCCUCACUGCUGUAGAAAUGAUAGGAAUAAACACGAGACAAGGUUCCCAUGAACCAACACUAGGAAUGUAGUUACAUAGUUAGUGUUAAAUAAAAAAGACUGAUGUUUAUAAUCUUCAGCUGC